UCAACUGGAUUCUACGAUUCAUCGUUCUACCAUUUCUAGGGCUAUUAUUAAUUCUAAAAAAAAAGCACAUUUCAUUUGAAUUGGUCAAAAUUCUGCAGAUAUGUCUAAUCCUUACUUUGAUGAAUAUGAAAAUUUAGAGGUCCACGAGCUUAUGUUGAAAGAUCGGCCCCGACAGCAAGCAUACUGCAAUGCCAUUCUGGCCAACAAAGACAAAUUUAAAGAUAAAGUUGUAUUAGAUGUUGGUGCCGGCACUGGGAUACUUUCAGCUUUCUGUGCAAAAGCAGGAGCCCGGUUGGUCUAUGCCGUAGAAGCUUCCAACGUAGCAACAAAAAUUGCAUUGGAUCUAAUACAAGAUAAUGGCUUAACAAGCAUUGUGAAAGUUAUUCACUCUAGAGUUGAAGAUUUUGUCCUUCCUGUUUCAUCUGAGAAAGUGGAUAUUAUUGUUUCGGAGUGGAUGGGCUUUUAUUUACUCCACGAAGGUAUGCUCGGAUCAGUUCUUCAAGCAAGGGACAAAUUUUUGAAGGAAGGCGGACUAAUGUUUCCCACAGAGUGUACUAUAUUUGUGGCACCUUGCUCUGUUCCAUCUUUGUUUGAUUACUGGCAGAAUAUUGAUGGUAUCAAAAUGGACAGUUUUGCCACAAAGCUGAGAGCACAGAAAUCGAGUAGGCCAGAGAUUACACAAUUGGAUCCCAAAAAUUUACUUCACGAGGGUGUCGUGCUUCAUUGGAUGAACUUGCUAGAUGUCGAUAUGGCUGAACUAGAGGAAAUUCGUUUUAAGGAUGUCGUUGCUGCACAAAGAAGUGGAAACCAUCAAGGAUUUUGCAUAUGGUUUGAAGUGCUAUUUCCAGGCGAUGAUGCCGUGACCCUCAGCACAUCCCCACUCGCCCCGGAAACGCAUUGGAAGCAGUGUGUAGUCGUUCUGCCAGAAGACUCUUGCGAAACUCUGGAAGAAAAAGCACCAAUAGCAUUUGAAAUUUCUAUGUUGCGUAACUCAAGCGAUAUGCGGAAGUACAAUUUGGAAGUCGAGCUUCUCGAUCCGAAUAUUGAGGAACACCCUGUGCCGUGCUCCUGCCAUAUGACUAAAUGUAUACUAACUGAAGCACACUUGAAAACAAUGAAUGCAUCGUGAUUUCGUGACCUAAUAAAGAGUAAACAAAAUUUA